CCGCGAUAGAUCGAUAGAGAUUGAUAUUCUCGAUAAGAUCUGAUUGAUGAACGGAGUGAUCUAGUCACCUGACGUGCUUGAGCCAAAUUCCGAAGCAAGCCUGACGCCUGGCUCCCUGGUCGCGAACCAAUGGAGACACAGGAGAGCGAGCCAGGAGAGCCUGCAAAUGCUGCUCAAGGUUCGACUGCGGCUGAGCAGAUACCGGGCGAAAGCAUUGUCGACGAGGCAGAGACGACUCCGCGUGCAUCACUAGAAACGACGAGCGUGGCUGCAAAGUCAAUGGGAGUUGCAGACGAUGCCACAGAUGCACACGACAAUGAUGAUGCGGGAGAUCAGGACAGUGCAAGCAUCGAUCUAUUCAUGGCCAGAGAUCCAAUCUCGCUUUACGGCGAGGUCAGCCUUCCGCGUGCUGGCAUUUUGGGCGUGCCCGGCGUGACGCACGAAACGGCUGCACUAUCAGCGGGUCUGCUCACCACCAACCACGCCGAGUUUCACUGCUUCUUCAACGACAAAGGCUUCCACAAUCAUCUUGCGCACGCCAUCCUGACAGUCUACUCCCUCGGCGCGACUUCCGAGCAGAUCAAGGCGACUUAUGAGCGCUGCAAGGCGGUACAGCGUCCUAUGCUUCCUCUGAAAGACGUCGUUAUCACCGAAGAGAACUGGAGAGACUUUCUCGGCAGAGAGGCGUAUUACAGUCGCUACCUGCAAUUCUUUAUAACGCAGUGCCGAGAGCUAGGCGGUCCCGCCUGCAUAGAGCGAUACGUACUCGAAGACGAUCAGGGCCAGAUGCUCAUCCGUUGGUUCUCGGGCGCCUGGCAUCCUUUCAUCUUGACCGGCUUUGGCAUCGAAUUCGCUCUGGAUGCAGUGACUGCGGAAGGUCUCGCGGCUUGCUGUGUGCAUUCACCUCAGGCUGCCCCCUUAUUGAAGGCAAUGUCGACGCGAGCAUCGAAAUCGCCAUUCUUGACGUUUGCCUCUUCGUUCGCCACCGGUUUGAGACCAUUGGCAGCGCGAGCAUCGCCAUCAGUGGUCUCCUUCGUAGCUACUGCGCAACGUCUGCCGCGAAUCCACAGAGUCCCGAAGGAGGGUCUCAGUGGCCUGACUAUCAUCGACCACAUGUCAGAAGAUCCAAGGCUACGAGCUGGCCAAGCGAAUAGCUACGAGAGCAAGAACAAAUUCGACGAUUGCCUUCAUAACCGGGCAAAAGCCUUGAACGCCUGGUGCGCCGAAUGGAUCAUUGACUCGGAUGGAGGAUGGGAAGAGAUCGUCAUGCGAGCUGAAGAGCUCAUCUGGAUAGCCACACUGCUCGAGAGUGCUGUCUCGCGACCUGGCCAGCCAACAAGAUGCGAUUUCUUCUUGAUGCACGGACUCAACUCUAUGCUCUUUUUACCAAGCAUGCUCGAAGUGCUUUCCCCGAGUUCACGCAUAACCGUCCUCGAGUGUUCAUUCAGGAUGCUUGUUGCAUAUUGGGUCGCUCGAGGUCGACCGCAGCUUCAUAUCGUGGAUGUGUUGAUGCGGGCCAGCAAUACUCCAAAGCCACCAUCGGAGGCCAUCGCUGACCAAUCAGCGGGCACAGUGUGGCCUUCUCUGAUCGCUGCGGCUGCGACCCAUCCUGAUGAGCACCUCUCGAAAGCGAUCCGAUCUCUUGCAUUCGCUGCUUCGCUCUUUGGGCACAGUCCGCCUGGAAUCUACAAGUGCUCGCUACCUGGAAGCGACAUCCUUGAUGGCUCGUGCUUCGUUCGAGCGGCCGGACUACAUCUCAAUGCGAUCGGAUGGUGCCUGAACGACGAGGAGCCUGCCGACUGGGACCGCAGCGGCCUAGGCUUCGACGAGGCGUGGCAAGCCAGCUAAACCUCUGCUAUUCAUAUAGGCUAGCUAAGCCUCUGUUAUUUAUACACACUGUACAUCCAUACAACGCUUGCAACGACUAUAUACUGCUCGCACGAACGGCUUUUAGGUGCACGCCAGCAGAACAUCCUGAGGUGUCGUGCCGGUUGGAUAGUACCAGAACACGACGGCGAUGCCGAUGUAGAAAGCGAUCAAGAGGAAGCCCUCCAGCCAAUUUGCCUUGCUGUCUGCUAUCGUACUGUUGACCAUGAGAACUGCUAGGAAAACGACCACGCUUUCGAAUUCGCUGAAGAGUAAGCUCAGGGGCUUAUCAAGGCCCCAGGCGAUGAUGACCAGGAGCGGAAUGACCUGCAAACACAGCACAUGAGCUGUAGGCUCAUGAGUACAGAGAACACGCACAAAGAGAGCGAUCUGGAUAGAUGAGCCGAUGGCAACACCGAUGGACAGGUCCAGCUUGUCUUUGACACUGACAGUGACG